AUGGCUUCUGGCAUGUCACAAAUCAUGCGGAGCCCUACGCUCAGCAAACUAUUUGAGCUCUCCACUAAGGAACGAUUACUCUAUGGUGCACUGGGUGUAAUCGCCUAUUUAUUCCUAGCCUCAUCACUACGAUUCCAACGUCGUUCGGCCCUCCAAAACAAAUACCCUUACAAGACCCGCGAGUCAAUGUCCAGAAUGACGCAUCACGAUGCAUGGGCAAUCCAAAAGACAAUCCUGCAGAUGGAGUUUCCAUUCAUCGUCCUCAAAUCACUGCAAUUCGCCCUCUUUCGUACCUACGGAAUUCCGAGCAUAUCAAGCCUCCUUCUAAAAACCUCCCAGUUCUCGGACUCGGCAACCUCGUUCAAGCGAUACGCCGACACAGGCGCCCUAAUCGGCGAAUUCAUGGCCUUCGACCCGCACUCUGAACGGGCGCAAACAUCGAUUGCCAGAACAAAGUUUCUACAUAAGGGAUACAGAGCCAGCGGCAAAAUCCUGGACGAUGACAUGUUAUACACGCUCAGUCUGUUCGCGACAGAACCGAUUCGAUUCGCAUCACUAUAUGAGUGGCGGGAAAUGAGCGAAAUGGAACGCGCAGCCGUGGGGACGUACUGGAAGAGUCUUGGUGAUGCGUUGGAUAUCAGUUAUGAAAAGCUUCCAUCUGGAAAGUCUGGCUUCCAGGAUGGCAUUCACUGGCUUGAGGAGAUCAGUGUUUGGAGUCAUGAGUAUGAGGUGCGACACAUGAAGCCUCAUGAGCGGAAUAGGGAGAUUGCGGAUAAGACGAUUGAUGUGUUGGUCUAUAAUCUGCCGGGAUUUAUGAAACCGCUUGGUGUUUACUUUGUUUCGUUCUUGAUGGAUGAGCGGUUGCGAAAUGCCAUGAUGAUGACACCACCGCCAGCAUUCUUCAGCGCACUCUUCGCAUCGGCAUUCCAGAUUCGCAAGCUAUCGCUUCGAUAUGUGGCCCUUCCACGACCAAGUUUCCUUCGCUUGGAUGUUUUUACGGAAGAACCGAAUAAGCACGGCCGAAAUUUUGUGCUUUUCUACGAAGGGGCACCAUUUUACGUGCAGCCUACCAUUUGGAACCGAUGGGGUCCAGUGGCGUGGUUCAAGUGGGCUUUAGGACACCCAUUGCCGGGAGAUGAUGGCGAUAAAUAUUAUCCUCAGGGGUACCGCACUGCUGAUCUCGGUCCGAGGUAUUUUGAGGGAAAAGGACAGAAGGAAGUGAUUGGCAUGCGAGAAGAGCUGCGGGCGCAACGCAUGGGACAGAAUCCAUUCCCGUAA